UUUACAGUGGUUGCAAGCACAAGUGUUCAUCCUUCUAGAAAAAUCUUUUCAAAAAUUCCUUGAUUGUAUUCAAGAUGGGUCCUCUCCUCUUCAGACAAAACAGUAAUGGUGGUUAAUGAUGAUUAAUCAUCAGUUACCCAAAGGAAAAAGAUUCACUGCACAUCUCGACAAUCGAUUUGAUGUCUCCUAAAUAAGACAGUCAAAGUUAAACAAUCUUUCGUCUACUAUAAAAAAACAGAAGCAUUAAACAAAUUGAUCUUUUACAACUUGUGAUUAUUUGUAUUGUCAAAGUCUACUUCAAAAAAACUGUUGAUAGAACCAAGAACGAAGGUCUUUCUCAGGGAUAAGUAAAUGCCUCACGGCCAAGUUGCCUCUGAUUUUACACAAAAAAAAAAAAAAAACAAGGUGUACUUGUUAUGGGGUAGCCUAGGUUGUUUGAGGUCACCUACUCUCUCCUAAGCUAAUAAAGGUUUGGUCUUUUUUAAAAUUCUUCUACUUCAGGUACAUGCUGCCUCCAAGACCGAAGUUUGAAUUGUUUUGUUAGAGAGAUUGAAAUGGUGGGUUUCUCUUUAUUUCUCAAAAGAGUCAAGAAAGAUCAAAGCUUGGUGCUUUAAACUGUUGGUAUGCACGCAUGCAUGUCCUUGUUUCUCUGGUUGUUGUUAUGACUCCUGAAAUGAAAUUUCUCUUAUUUGAUGUGUGAGGAUUGUUCAUGGAAUUUAGGUUUGGAGAUUUUACAAUGGCACUGUUAAUUUCAAGGGAACUGAAUUAAGACAAGAUGUGGAGGGGACAAGUAACUUAUUGACAUAUAGGACCAAGGAGGAAGCACCAGCAAUUCUGAUGCAUGUUAUCCCCCUUGUGUCUUAUCUGAAUUAACUUUCUUGGUUUUCACUUUCUAGAUUCUUAUAAUCUGAUUCUGAAUAGAUACUGUUUAUGGUUUCUUUGGAAUAAAAGGAAGUAGAAUUGCAGUGUUAGAUCUCUUACAUUGAAUCCCUUUUUUGCGUUUGUUGUUAUUAAAAGCAUGACGCUUUAAUUUCUGAUUCCAACAAAAGAGAAAUGGUUAUGAUGGAGCAAAGUGAGAUAAUUGAAGAGGAACAUGUUCUUGGUUUGCCUCCUUCACCUCCUCUAACUGUUGGGAUAGCUAUAGAUGGAAAAGGAAGCAGCAAGUACUUGGUGCAAUGGGCAUUGGAGAAGUUCAUGCCUCAGGGAAAGGUUGCAUUCAAGUUAUUACAUGUUUGCCCAAAGAUCACAGCAGUCCCUACGCCAAUGGGGAAUUUUAUUCCUAUAUCACAAGUACGAGAUGAUGUAGCAGCAGCUUAUAAGAAGGAAAAGGAGUGGCAGACACUCCAAAUGCUUCUCCCUUUCAAGAGUAUUUGUACCAGGAAAAAGGUGCAAGUAGAUAUUGUGUUAACUGAAUUGGAUGAUGUGGCGAAGGCAAUUGCGGAGGAGGUUGCCAAGUGCAAUAUCAAUAAACUUGUUAUAGGAGCAGCUUCUCGUCGCAUGUUUACAAGGAAACAUAAGGGAAAUAAUCUGUCCUCAAGAAUCUCGGUUUGCGCUCCAAAUACUUGCACAGUCUAUGCUGUUUCAAAAGGAAAAUUGCUAUCUAUUCGUCCAUCUGAUUUAGAGACAAGUGGAAGCUUUAGAGAUGGUGUCAGUAUCACCAGUCGUGCUACUAACUCCUCAUCAAGUUCUACUUCGAGCUCUCAAACAGGUUCCAACUCAGUUUCUCCAUUCUCUCAUUUCCAAUCUCCAUCCCUGCCAGUUCAGCGAUUUCAAGCUCUUUCAUCAAUAAACCAGGGCUUUCUUUAUACCAGAACAAGUUCCUGUGAGACAAAUCCGUCAAGAAGCCUGUCUCUGGAUUUUGAAGAAAAGGUUAUAGGGAGUUCUUGUCCGAGUAUUUCAGAAAUAGAACACCCAGUCACUCAGAGUUCUAGCUUCAAAAGCUUGUCAACUGAUCACCCGUCAUGGAGAUCUGAUCAAGCUUCAACCUCAGAUGUGCUUACAGAUUGUUCCUCAUCUGACAGCCAGGCAAAUAUCAACUUUGAGCUAGAAAAGCUGAGGAUUGAACUAAGACAUGCUCGAGGAAUAUACGCAGUAGCUCGAAGUGAGACAUUUGAUGCUUCUCGAAAGUUGAAUGAUCUUCAUAAACGUCGGUUGGAAGAAGCAACAAGACUCCAGGAAAUAAAACAUGAAGAGGAAAAAGCCUGGGAACUGGCAAGGCAAGAGAGGGGAAGAUGUGAAGCUGCAAUCCAGAAAGCUGAAUGUCUAAGGGAGUGUGCCAAAAGAGAAGCUUCACAAAGGAAUGAAGCAGAAAUUAAAGCCAUGCACGACGCCAAAGAAAAGGAAAAGCUUGAGAAAGCUAUUGCUGGUUCUGUACAGCAAUACCAGGAGAUCACAUGGGAAGAGAUUGUUUCUGGUACCUUAUCGUUCUCAGAAGAGCUUAAGAUUGGAAUGGGAGCAUACGGAACUGUUUAUAAAUGUAAUUUGCACCAUACAACCACAGCAGUGAAAGUUCUUCAUUCAAAAGAGGACAAAAAUUCUAAGCAAUUCCAGCAGGAGCUUGAGAUCCUGAGUAAAAUUCACCAUCCACACUUGCUCAUUCUUCUUGGCGCUUGUCCUGAUCAUGGUUGCCUUGUUUAUGAGUAUAUGAAGAAUGGGAGCCUGGAGGAUAGACUGCAGAGGGUGAACAAUACACCCCCUAUCCCAUGGUUUGAGAGGUAUCGAAUUGCUUGGGAAAUAGCCUCGGCACUUGUUUUUCUUCACAGCUCCAAGCCAAAGCCAAUUAUUCACCGUGAUCUGAAACCAGCCAACAUCUUACUUGAUCAUAACUUUGUGAGCAAGAUUGGUGAUGUUGGCCUUUCAACAAUGCUUUGUUCAGAUGUUUCUUCUUUAUCCACCAUGUACAAAAACACAGGACCUGUUGGGACAUUAUGCUACAUAGAUCCCGAGUAUCAAAGAACUGGGGUGAUUUCUCCAAAAUCCGAUGCUUAUGCUUUUGGGAUGAUAAUUUUGCAGUUGCUGACUGCAAAACCAGCUAUAGCAUUAGCACAUGUGAUGGAAACAGCAAUGGAGGAGGGUCAUUUGGUGGAGAUUUUAGAUUCAGAGGCCGGGAACUGGCCAUUGGAAGAGACAAAAGAAUUGGCUAUAUUGGGACUAAGCUGUACAGAGAUGCGACGCAAAGACCGGCCUGAUCUGAAAGAUGUAGUACUUCCUGCAUUGGAGAGAUUGAAGAAGGUUGCUCGUAGGGCCCAAGAGUCAGUUUCCAGUCUACAAUUGACACCUCCUAAGCACUUAAUCUGCCCAAUACUUAAGGAUUUAAUGGAUGAUCCCUGCGUUGCGGCGGACGGUUACACUUACGACCGCAAAGCAAUACAGAAGUGGCUUGAAGAGAAUGACAAGUCACCAAUGACGAAUUUGCCAUUGCCAAAUAAGGAUCUCUUACCCAGCUACACGCUUCUAUCUGCUAUAAUGGAGUGGAAGUCCAAAACCCCAUCCGACACCCUCCACAUUCGUUCUUCAGGUUAGCACAGAAUGAUUGCUUUUAGAAUCCCUUUGAAAAAACCAUUUGUUUCGCAUGUAAAUGUCAUCGGUAGAGCUUCUGAUUUAGAGCAACGUAGGUAUAUACAUAAGUUACCACAGUUGCACGUAAAAUUCAGACUGCAACGACAAUGCGUGCAGCUAUUUGAGUUGUUUUGAUAGUAGUUUGCUGCAAGCUGUUAAUAAGGAUAUUGAAAGUGUAAUAUUAUUUGAUUAUUUCACUUUGGCCAUAGCAACAAUUAAUGGAUCAUAUGCCAAUCUUGUUUUAUUA